AUGCUCGCCGGCACCGUGCCUAUGGGAGACACACAGACAACAGUUCACUCGUUGUCGCUGAUGCGACAGGGCUCGGUUUACGACUAUCUACUCACUGUGGGCGAUGAAAGGUGUUUAGUAUGGAAAACCCCAUGGAGCCUUGGGAAAGUCUUGUUUCUACUCACCCGGUACCCCGCCUUCGCCGACGUAGGCAUGGCAGUAUACCAUAACCUUGCCCCUUCUAUAAGACCGGAAACAUGUGAACUCCUCUAUACCACAUCCGGUUGGAUGGUCGUCUUUGGUAUGAUCAUCGCUGAAUUUAUCAUGGUGGUCCGUGUCUGGGCACUUUGGGGGAGCUCCAAAAUCAUCGGAGCUAUCUUGAUGGUUUUUUCCAUCGUCGCGAUAGUUGUUAGCGUGGUUUACUUCAUAACGUUCACUGGGACCCUGAAAUUUAUCGCUACGGAUACGAUUGCGCCUGGCUUAAUCGGUUGUUUGCCCGGCCCUGGGACGAACAUUGUAUUUAUAGACUUCGUGGUUCUCAUGGCGUACGAAGCUUCGCUUCUGAUCUUAUUACUUCUGAAGGGAGUACAGCAUCGUCGACAUGUCACCAAUCAUUUCAUGUAUGCAUUUUACCGCGACGGGAUUGUGUACUAUGGUGUCCUCUUGCUGAGCUUUGCGACAUCUUUGAUGUCUCUCAUGGAUCUAACAACAUACUGCCUGCAUCAGCCGGAGAACACCAACCUACUCACAACACUUCAAAGAACAUUCCACUCGAUCCUUUCUGCGCGUAUGCUUCUCCAGCUUCGCAAGAGUGCCCUAAAACGUCAGUUCUUCUCCGAAACAUCUGUAGUUGUCGACACACCAUUCAGUACAUUGAUGUUCGUCGACGGACCUGGACCUACCACAAACACGAGACGAAGGAACACAGAAAUCGCAACGUGGUUUGGGGAUGACGGGAGAGACAGAUCGUAA